CCAGACGAAUGGAUUAUCGCGUUCCGCCUUAUCAUAUCAUCGCAACUAUAAAUUAGGCUAACAUAUGAAAUCUUUCCAACACUUUCUCGCCAUUAUCAGUGAAUUUAUUUGAUCCUUUCUUAUUACAUAUUUCGGUUUAAAGACCAAAAUUCCCAAGUGUAUAAAGUGUAAAUCCGAUUGGUGCUGCGAGCCUCGAUGAAUCAAGAAAAUCACGAGAAAGUGAAGACGUCGCAGAGGAAUUGUGUCGAAAGAGUAUUAUCGCUCGGGGAAGUCGGUUUGUAGCGUUUGAAGGUGAUUGCAUGCGCCGGGGCGGUCGGGUGAGCGUGGUGCGCAAGCCGUGUGCAAUAUAACGUCGUGUUUAUAAAGAGAACGAGUCGCCGGAUCUCGUCAAAUUGUGCAAGUGUUCGGUAAGAAUUCGCAACCAUGGAAGUGAGUGACGAUAGAGACAUAAACAAACCUCCAAGUCGGGCCGAAAGUCAUGACAAGGGAGAUGGCGGCUCAACGUCCACUCAGCCAUCGGAAACCCCAGACAAUGGAACUCCCGAAGCAGAUGUCGAGCUUUCGAGGAAACCUACAAAAAUGGACGACUUUGGAGAAUCGCGGGGUCUCUUGGAACAAUCAGUCUCAACUGUACGAUUACCCAUAAUCGGCAUGACGUGCCAAUCCUGUGUGCGAAAUAUUGAAUCCAAUAUAUCAGAGAAACCAGGUGUGAUAAGUAUAAAAGUGAUUCUAAGUGAAAAGGCUGGAUAUAUAGAGUAUGACACCCACCAAACGUCUCCAGAACAAAUUGCACAUGAAAUUGAGGAAAUGGGCUUUGACUGUCCAUACACAAAUGGAACAACACAAGAUCAAAACAGCACAAAAAAUAAUAAUAAUGUCAUAACUCGAAUACGAAUUGAAGGAAUGACUUGUAACAGUUGCGUUCGUAAUAUAGAAGGAAAUAUUUCUGAAAAACCAGGGAUCACUUCAAUUCGAGUGAGUUUAGAUGAAAAAUUAGGAACUGUCGAACACGAUACCACUGUAGUGACACCCCAGGCGGUAGCAGAUAUGAUUUACGAUAUGGGAUUCGAUGUUAGUGUCCUUGAUGCGACCACAAGCAGUAAGCUAACGAAUGGAGGAAGUCCUACAAUAAAUAAUAAGACUGAAAUCGCGAACAGUAUAGGCAGGAGCCAGAAGUCACCUAAAGACUUGUCUGAAUCCCUAGUCCUUUUCUCUGGAGAUGCAAAAGACAGGGAUGCAGGCGAUACUAUUAAAUUAGAUAUGGACGCAAAAUUAAGUAAAUGCUUUUUACAUAUACAAGGGAUGACGUGUGCUAGUUGUGUGGCUGCAAUCGAAAAACAUUGCAAAAAGGUCUAUGGCAUUGAAAGGAUACUGGUCGCACUGUUAGCAGCAAAGGCUGAAGUGAAAUAUGAUGCCCAGGUGAUAACACCCCAACAAAUUGCCCAAUCAAUCUCAGAAUUGGGUUUUCCAUCGGAAAUCAUCGACGAACCAGGAACUGGUGAAAAUGAAAUUGAGGUACAAAUCAAAGGCAUGACAUGUUCAUCAUGUGUCAACAAAAUCGAACAAACUGUCCUACGGAUACCAGGCGUUACAUUUGCUGCCGUGGCUUUAACUACACAACGAGGCAAAUUUAAAUUCAACACCGAAACAACUGGACCCCGUUUCAUUGUAGAAGCAAUAUCUAAUCUUGGAUUCGAGGCGAAUUUGAUUUCUAACAAAGAUAAGAUGUCUCAUAGCUAUUUAGAACAUAAGGAAGAAAUUCGGAAAUGGCGCAACACUUUCCUGAUAUCGAUGAUAUUUGGAGGACCAUGCAUGAUAGCCAUGAUUUACUUCAUGGCAGAAAUGGAAAGGGUAGGACACGAAGCAAUGUGCUGCGUAGUUCCCGGUCUUUCCAUGGAAAAUUUAGUCAUGGUCGCUCUUUCGACCCCCGUACAAAUCUUUGGAGGAUAUCAUUUUUAUAUACAAGCUUAUCGAGCAUUACGCCAUCGGACCACAAACAUGGACGUCCUAAUCGCAAUGGCAACGACUAUCAGCUACAUAUAUUCGGCCGCUGUAUUGGCUGCUGCAAUGAUCCUUCAACAACACACAUCACCAUUAACAUUUUUCGAUACAUCACCAAUGCUUUUGACAUUCAUAUCGCUUGGACGUUGGCUGGAACAUAUUGCUAAGGGAAAAACUUCAGAAGCUCUCACUAAAUUGCUUUCACUGAAAGCUACUGAUGCAAUUCUUGUUACAAUUACGGAUAAUUUCGAGAUUAUGUCGGAAAAGACUAUUCCAGUUGAUUAUGUGCAGCGCGGUGAUAUUCUAAAAGUAAUGCCUGGAUCGAAAGUUCCUGUAGAUGGAAAAGUAAUUUUUGGAAGUUCAACGUGUGAUGAGAGUCUUAUAACUGGUGAAUCAAUGCCGGUGCAUAAAAAGAAGGGAUCAGUGGUUAUUGGCGGAUCUAUUAACCAAAACGGUUUACUUUUAAUGACAGCAACGCAUACAGGUGAAAACACAACUUUAGCACAAAUCGUUCGCCUUGUUGAAGAAGCCCAAACGUCCAAAGCGCCUAUACAGCAAUUAGCCGAUAAAAUUGCCGGAUAUUUCGUACCAUUCGUAAUAUUUGUAUCAACUAUAACGUUAAUUGGUUGGGUAAUUAGUGGAUAUGUGGACAUUAAUCAUCUGCCUGUCACCCAUGAAUCGAAAAUGGGAUUAAAUCGGGAGGAAAUCAUCUUUGGCUAUGCAUUCCGAUGUGCAUUAAGCGUUUUGGCAAUUGCAUGCCCUUGCGCUUUGGGAUUAGCAACUCCCACUGCGGUGAUGGUGGCAACUGGCGUAGGAGCUUUGCAUGGUGUUUUGGUGAAAGGAGCUGGCCCUCUAGAGAAUGCACAUAAAGUGAAAACGAUCGUGUUCGACAAAACUGGAACGAUUACACAUGGCAUGCCAAUGACAUCACGCAUUUGUAUGUUUGUUAAACCUAAAAUCUGUUCCGUUACGCAGGUACUAGCAGUCCUGGGAGCAGCGGAAAGUUGUAGUGAACAUCCAAUUGCAGUUGCAAUUGUGAAGUAUGCAAAAGAAACUUUAGAAACUGACACUUUCGGGAAGUGCACAAAUUUCCAAGCAGUUCCUGGUUGUGGAAUCAAAACAACAGCUUCAAACUUAGAAGGACUGAUUGAAAAAGCGAAAAAGAACGAAAAAAUCACCAACUACGAAAAUUCCUAUCAAAGUAACCCCGCUAACAUCCAUUUACUGAAUGCAGUGCCAAUAGAAGAAAUCAUCCCAGCAAUGAGUGAUGUAGAUAGAAGUAAUUUAGAACUACAACAACUAUUGGAAUUGGUUGAUGGGACCGGUGAUGAUGCCAAAACAGUUUUAAAUAGACUAAAUGAAUUCACAGUAUUGAUUGGAAAUCGAGAAUGGAUGAAUCGGAACGGUGUAUACGUCCCUGUGGAAGUUCACACCCGAAUGACUACCGAGGAAUCAAUUGGACACACUGCUGUUCUGUGCGCUCUUAACGGACAGCUAAUAUGCAUGGUGUCAGUGUCGGACAUGGUGAAGCCAGAAGCACACUUGGCUGUGUUUACUUUGAAAAAAAUGGGAAUCGAUGUUAUACUGUUAACGGGCGAUAAUAAAAAUACAGCAGCCAGUAUAGCUCGGCAAGUAGGAAUUAGUCGAGUAUUUGCUGAAGUUUUACCAUCACACAAAGUUGCUAAAAUCCAACGUAUCCAAGAAACUGGUGUUCGAGUUGCGAUGGUGGGUGAUGGCGUUAACGACAGUCCGGCUUUAGCCCAAGCAGAUGUGGGAAUUGCUAUUGCCGCUGGUACUGAUGUGGCGGCAGAGGCGGCAGAUGUUGUUUUAAUGAGGAAUGAUCUUUUAGACGUAGUGGCCUGCUUAGAUCUAUCCCGUCGGACAGUUCGACGUAUACGAUUAAAUUUCCUAUUUGCGAGUAUGUAUAAUCUGUUGGGUAUACCGAUUGCGGCAGGAAUAUUCACACCUUUCGGAUUCAUUCUUCAACCAUGGAUGGCAUCAGCGGCAAUGGCUGCUAGUUCAGUGUCAGUCGUAUGUUCUUCACUUCUCAUAAAACUCUAUAAAAAGCCAACAGCUGCAACCUUACGAACUCCUGAAUAUGAACAAUUAAUAGCUUCUGGGGCGCAUUUAGAUCCAGACAAUGUAUCCAUCCAUCGAGGACUAGGAGAUAUUCCACGACCGAAUUUUAGUCGAUCGAAUAGCUCUACGUUAUCCAAGUUAUUCUCCCGCUCGGAUAAAGGAGAUUCAAAUGAAGUACGACUUCUAUCAGAGGUAGGAGAAGGCGGUGACGUAGGCGGUGAUUACAAUGAUGACGACGACAGCUUUCUUCGUGUUGAGAUUGUUAAAAAGAAAACACUACGAGAUGUAACUGAAAUGCAAAAAUUAUGAAGUCUUCUGUUUAGUUCAUGUAAAUCAAACAACUUGAAUCCGUGGACAACCUAUUUCUGUAAAUUUUAAAGCAGAAGGCACCGAAUUAAUGAUAAGAUGAUAAAGUGAUACCAUUAAUCUGUAAGAUUGUUAUAUUGUUUUGUGUUUGACAUAUGUUUUUUAUAUUUUGUAGAAUUAUGUUAUUUAUUCCUUGAAAAAGUACAUUUCCGUCACAGAAUAAUAAUUCAACGAAAGUCAGCUCGAAAUUAAUUAUACAUUUAUAUCCUUGUCCAGGCGAAUAUAGGAUUAUAUUAUUUAUCCCUUUAAAAGGUAGAUUGCCAUCACAGAAUUAUAAUUCAACGAAUACAAACAAAGUUUACUCGAAAUAUUUAAUUUGCAAUUACGUUAUCAGAUGAGAAUGUUGAAUGUUUCUGUUGCUGACACUGUACGAUAAUUUUUCAGAUACUAUAGCACAUACCAAGAGAAACUAAUCAAAAUCUGCCAGCGGAGUGUCGUGCUAAGUACUUAUUUAUGCAACAUUAAUUAUCUUCCAUACAAUAUGCGUUCAUUUCAUUGCUUCCACCUAUGUCACAGAAACUCUCCGCUAACAAUAUAUAGAUUUCUCAUUGAAUCAGCUCCAAAUUAACGAUCAAUUAUUGAGUGAAAGGCAAGCAUGCAUACCAUAUGUUGUCCAAACAUCACAUCAGCUUUCGGAUUAGAUUAGAUAAUUAUUGAAAAUGCUGGUACUUAAUUUAAAAGAAAA